AUGGCCCGGCUCCUCACUGUGUUCCUGACACUAUGUCUAGCCGUGUUCGCCGUCGCCGACCAAAAAUGCUACAUGCUCGACGGGACGGAUGCCUCUAAACACGUUCCCUGUAGCACCGACGAGGUGACCAAUUGCUGUCACGCCAGCUCGGUGUGCAUGAGCAACGGGUUAUGCUACCUCCAGGGCAAAAUGGGGUCCACGUUGAUACGCGGAAGCUGUACUGACAGGAACUGGGGUCCAGCAUGUUACGCGCCAUGCCAAAACGCCCAACGAGAUCGGGGCGUUCCCAUCGUCAAUAUCGAAUACAACCGUUCUGAAUCCCAAUACUGCUGCGGCCAUGUUACCUGGAAGGACGGGAAACAGGGCUGCUAUUGGGGAGAACCCUUCAAACUGGCAAAGGGGACUGUGAUACCCGGUGUCGCCUGGCUAGCCACCCACGUCGCGGACAAUCAAACUGCGAGCAAUGUUUCCUCAGCUGGCGAAAGUGACACUCACAUUGCGCCGUCUGCUUCGUCGUCUUCUUCGUCGUCUUCAACCUCAUCUUCGCGCGACGUGGCCAUUGGCGCUGGUGUCGGGGUUCCGCUGGGAGUGAUUGCCCUCGCGUCUAUUCUCUGGGCACUCUGGGAGCGCCGACUGCGUAAGCGCAUCCCCAGCCAGGACCCUGCGUAUGGGUCCUCGAUCCGACAGCGUGGAACAGCCGAGCUGAGCAACCCCGAGUCAGACGCGAAUCCGCCGGCGGAGCUGGACACGGGAAAUGAACCUAAAGAUAAUACUCAUGGGACACAAUAUGCAUAA